AUGGGGCAGUCGGACGAUAUUGAGGAUUCGAUGUACGGGCGGCACCAGGAUCUUUGCCAGAAGCUGAAUAUGGAUGCGACCGCCGCGUCCGAGGCCUGGAAAUCCUAUGAGACUAUCCGGCAGAACUACACCCUUGAGGGUGACCAGUUGCACUGGAUAGGAUGUGCAGUAUACGUAGCUUGUAGAAAAUUCUCUAUACCUACAGUAGGAAGACCAGGUACUAAUGUAGAAGGCAACUGCGUGUCGCUGACCCGUCUCUUGCAACUGUGUAAUCUGCCACUGAUACAGUUCUUUACAAAGAGCAAAUCUUGGGCAGAUAUGGCAAAUAUGCCACAGGACUUUCGUGCCAGGAUAGAAAAGCUAGAAGCUAAUUUCUCAGUAUCCAUGGUUAUAUUUAAAAAAUAUCAGCCGAUAUUUGCUGAUAUAUUCAAGGAUCCACGAGAGGAUACCUCUAGACCACCUAGAUCUAGGAGGCACAAAGCGGUGCCCUGUACACCCAGCAGGGUCUUUGAAUUCUGCUGGACGCUCUUUAUAUGCAUAAAAGGUGCAAUUCAUGAUAUCUCUGACGAUCUUGUUAACUCUUACCACCUCUUGCUGGUUUGCUGUGAUCUUGUAUACAACAACGCUCUAUUGGCUAACAGAAAAGACUUGCUGAAUCCUAAUUUUCCUGGCUUACCAGCAAAUUUCAACGAUGAUAAUUAUACUUCACCACAAACACCAAAUUGCAUUAUUAAUUUGCUGUGUGAGCGUCAUGAUGCAAUUGCUGUUGAGGCUAAAGCCAUAAAGGAGUACUGUGUGAAGAAUUAUAUCAACAAGUUAUUUAAUGAAAGGAUCUUGCGUGGUGAUCAGUCAAAUUUCUCCGGUAUGCUAGAGGCGUUGAAUUUUGAUGGUAAUAACAAGGCCAUUAACAAAUCUUAUGAACAGCGUAUGCUAAGUGUCGGAGACUUUGAUGAAAGAAUUUUCUUAGCGGAAUGGAGAAGAGUAAAUUUGAGUGAUGUAUCAAAAUCAGAUAUAUUUGACCAAAGUGGUGCUAAGCAUGUCCAGUUUAGUAAACAUGAAGUCUUACAAGGCCAUGACGCUAAUGAAAACAUUGGUUCUCCUACGCAAAUGAUGAACAUUGAAGAUUUUCACGAACGAUUGCAAAUGAAGAGAGAACAACAUGCUGGGCAGAUACAAUAUUUGGCACCUCCUACGCCAUUGACCGGACGUAAAUACCUUCGAUCGAAGGACAUGUCUAAUAUAACACCAGUGACUACGGCAACUCAAAGUGUUAUUAAGUUACAAGCUUUGAUAGCUGGACAAUCUGCUCCAAGCGAAAGUCUAUUACAGAUGCUCAAAAACUGUUCUCAAGACGUUAAAUCCUUACUUGAGGCAAAAGUUAAACAGAUUGGUGAACAAUUUUGUGCAAACUAUAAUAAUAAUAACGCAAAUAUCACUAAUAUAAAUAACGGUCCAUCUGACUUUGGAAAGAAGCGCCUUCUCAUGGGACAAACCCUGUUUUACAAACUUCUAGAAAUGAUUUUAAACGACGAGAAACGCAAAAAACCGAAUGAUGACAUAACUAAUCUUCUUUUGAACGAAGUCUUUAUCCAAUGCCUUUUUGCCUGCUGUCUUGAAAUAGUUAUAUAUUCAUACAAAAGCAAUGAUAAGAUAUUCCCCUGGAUAUUGAAGGCUUUGAAUCUGGAUGCUUACUAUUUCUAUAAGGUCAUAGAAAUUAUAGUAAGAGCCGAAGAUCAAUUGUCGCGAGAUGUUGUCAAGCACUUGAAUCAGAUUGAAGAGAAGAUUCUGGAGUCCUUGGCUUGGCAAAGUGAUAGUCCUUUGUGGCAAACUAUCGAGUCUUUGCCGGAUGGUGUGCCGAGUUGUGAGGAAGUUUCUUUGCCUGGUACUUUGGAAACUACUGAUCCGAACGCUCUUGGUCAACCUGUAUUAAGACGGAUUGCUUUAGAUCGGGAACGUACUCAUCAUGAUGUUCAACAAAGUCCAAUUUCAUCCGCUUCGGAAAGAUUUCAGUCUCCUAUCGCAGCAUCUGGUGUAGCAAAGAAGCGAUUAUUUUCCGAGACCAGAAUCACCGGUCAAAGCGUCCUUCGUGUUGGGCAGAGUGUGUUGUCCUCUAAUAGAAUGGUAUUAGACAAUGGUCAAAGGAUACUCUUAGUACCCGAUCAAAUUACUGUUUCUAAAGCGUCAGGCACACAAGCGUUAAAUAAUUCCGCACAAGCGACGAACAAAGAUGCGGCUAAACCGAAGAGGACGGGCUCCGUUGCACUGUUCUUCCGAAAGUUUUACAAUCUUGCGUGUGUACGUAUGCAGGACUUGUGCAAUUCAUUGGAGAUAUCGGAUAACGAUAAGAAAAAGAUAUGGACAAUCUUUGAAUACUCCAUCAAGGAACGUACUAAAUUGAUGAAGGACCGGCAUCUCGAUCAGAUCUUAAUGUGUGCAAUUUAUGUAAUAUGUAAACUGGUCAGGAUGGAGAGAAACUCGUUCACGGAAAUUAUGCGGUGUUAUCGUCUACAACCGCAGGCGGAGUCACAUAUAUAUAGAUCGGUGCUUAUAGAAAAAGUUUCUAAUGACGGUGAUCCAGGGACAACUGGUAACGAAAGAUCGGAGGAUAAUACUAUGUUAGGGGAAAAUAUGACUCCACCAACGCCGACAAAUAUGGCCGGAACGUCGCAAAACUUUGAUGGAGAGAUACGCGGCGACUUAAUCAAGUUCUAUAACACGAUGUAUGUUCCGCAGGUCAAGGAAUUUGCGAACAAAUUCGGAUCGGCUCGCGGUAGCGUCAUGAAUCUCUCGUUGAGUCCUUUACCGAAAGGAAAGGCACCUGCUAAUUCUCCAGUGAGACGUGUCACUAGUAGUAUUAUGACACGCACUCUAGAUCCGAAGGCUAUCAGUGCAUCACCGGCGCCGCAAUUAAGUUAUUGCUUCAGUCGUAGCCCUGCUAAGGAUUUAGAAGCUAUCAAUAAGAUGAUGAUUUCUGUGGACGCGAAAAAAAGUGUAGGAAAGCGAUUACUUACCGAUGACACGGAUGUAGAAAUGACGGAAGGUUCAUCUCCUAAAAAAACUGCAACUUUUGUUGCACGGAAAUUAGAAAAUAUUAUUGGAGAACGACGAACGCAAAAUCAAUAAGCGGAAUGUGGUAGAAUGACGAUGUCAGUCGUAGUUUAUGGAUGAGGACGAGGAGUAUGUUUAAUCUGUUUUUAUUUGCAUACAAAUUGAUUUGCAAAAAAUGAAGAAACCUAUAUGAAAUAGAUGAAAGCCAGUCUCUUGGCUGUCUUCUGGCAUAAAUGUGAGAUGUUCGUUUCUCAGUAUAGUCAUUCUAGAAAAUUGGAAAAGCCCAAUAAAAUAUCGUUCACAUCAUAUAAGGAUGCUGUAAUGUUUGUAAUUUUAUUUAGUGUAAAGUCAGAAUUCAAUUUCCAGUAUUCUUUGUUGACUUUUAUCUUACCAGAGUAGACUUUUUUGUUAAUUUAUAAUUUACAGAACCAAACUGUCUUUCGAAUAGUAUAAAACGCAAAGUCGUGUAAUGUGGAUUAUAACUUUGAAACACGCAUAUUACACUUUCCAUGCAUUAUGUUAUUGUUAACAUGGAACAUUUUUAGAAUCAUUUGAAAACAAAUAUGACUUUUUUUAAUGUGUCUACUGUUGCCUUUUGAUCAUGAUUGUUAUGUAAAAUUAUCCUUAGAAAUAGGAAAAGUAAAAACAUGUACAUCCAUAUAUUCUAGUGAUAAUUAGUUUUGUGAUAAAAUUGCUGGCGAUUUUGUAGAAUAUUCGCCAGUGAUUCUAUAAAAUCAUCGGAAAUUUUAAAAGUUAGGAUUGUCGAAUUAAUUAUUUUCAGCGUACAUAACAUAGAUUUAAAUAGGAAAUUAAAUAGGAAAAAUCGCAAAAAACAUGGUAGUAUUAUCAUGACAAUAAAUUUGUAAUUCACACUACGAUAUACGAAGUGGUCUACUGACAACGAAAAAAAUUAUUUUAAUGAUAGAUUUUUAGACGGAAACUUGAAACUGAUUCUUCUCGAACAUUUUUAUUAUGAUUUAUCGUAAUUAUUUACUUUUUAACAUAAACUCUAUUGCGUUAACAAAUAUUAAGUAAAUAUUCUAUUCAAUUAAAGUCAAAUAAGCUGAGUAAUAUUUUGGUAUUUAUUUACGUUUCCGAAAUUUUGGAUCCAUCAAAAAUUCUUUAAUCGCUUUUGACUCACGAAAUAUAUUAAUCACUCGAUAAAAAAAUUAUUGGCUUUUUAAUUUUGGAUUUAUAGUAUCUACCAUUAAAAUACUAUCCAGUUGCAAUGGACCAUUCUGUAUACACAUAUUUUGAAUUUGUAAAGUUGAAUAAAAAAUAUGAUAUUAAUUAUAUAAAUAACUCUUGUUUUUUAUUGUUGUGAUCAGCUCGUUAUUUGCAUUAUAUCUUGUAAAGGUAAACCUAGUCAAUAUUUGUGAAGUAUUUGGUAUGUAUCUUCCACACUGGAAAUUGUUCUGACUAUUCCAAAUAUUAUGAUUUAUCAAAAAAUAAAAUUACGACAUUUUUUUCUGUUCCGCGAUCAAAAUCAUAUACAAAAGUCUAUAAAUAAAUAUAGUUUCAACCGCUUGAUAAAAGUAGACUUAACGAUAAAAUUGAACGGCUAAAACAACGAAUACUCACAGCAAAUACAAAUGUUGAGUAAUAGUUUUCUUAAAUUUAUUUUCUUUAAAAGAAAAACAUUGAUCCAAAUAAAUUGGAGAUAAAACCAA